AUGCCAUCCAUUGAUUCAAUCGACCAAUUCACUGGAACUGCUAUCCAUUCACAUUACUACCGACAUCGUGAACCUUUUACCGGUCAGAAGGUGGCUAUCAUUGGUGCCGGUCCCAGUGGUCUAGAUAUUUGCGGUGAGGUGGCCACUGUCGCUGAACAAGUUAUUUUACUAAAUCGCCGGACGCCCUUCAAAGGCAUGCCUGCAAAUGUGCAGCAGAUAAAUGGAGAGGUGCUCGCUUUCAAGGACAAAUCAAUAGCAAUAUCAAUAGAUGGUAAUGCGCCAGUUGAAUUUUCCAUAGAUUCUGUUAUUUUUGCAACAGGAUAUCUGUUUAACUUGCCAUACCUUGACAUUGCGCCGGAGGGAGCUGCCACUGAACUGCCUGAUGCUGAGCUGCUGUUGCUGCUACCCGAAGUACUAGAGCUGCCACUGGUCGAUGAACCGCUAGUUGAUGAGCCACUACUCGAUGAGCCACUUGAUGAAGGAUUAGCUGAAGCAGAGCUGCCUGAAGAUUCAUUUGAAGAGGAGGAGGAAGAUGACGAAUCAGGCUUGCUGCUGUACCGCCUUGAAGCCGAUCCUGAUUUGGAAGACUUUGACUUUGAUCUGCUAGCGGACCUUCUGCCCGAAGAGUAG